AGUCCCGGCUGAAGCGUCUCGGCCGUGGUCUUGGCCGUUAGCGUUGCCUCCUGGAGGCUCUGGCGGCGGCGGCGACUCCCAGGGCUCGUAGAGGGCACAGCCGGCCGCCCCCAGCUCGUGGCCGCCUCCAGCAGCCCGGCGCUGGGACUGGGGAGGAGAGGCGAGGCGGCGGCGGCGGCGGGUUGUGCCCGGCCCCCCUCCUCCUCGCCUCCGGUCCCCGGGCGACUGCGGACUCCGGGCAGCCCCCGGGCGGCGGCCGAGCGGACGGCGGGGGAUGGCGAGAUAGCGGCGCGGGAGUGGCCCGACUGACUUCUUUGCACGGAUGGUGAACAUUUCUUUACAUUUGAGAAGGCCAUCCUGGAUGGUGGAUAGUAAAAGAAUGAGGAUGACUUCAAAUUUCCAGUGGCUCCCACUAGCAUUUAUUCUUCUGUAUUUAAUAAGUCAAGUAAAUAGCCAGAAAAGGGGGGCUCCUCAUGAUUUGAAGUGCAUAACUAACAAUUUGCAAGUGUGGGACUGUUCUUGGAAAGCACCCUCUGGAGCAGGCCAUGGUACUAUUUAUGAAGUUUGCAUUGAAAACAGGUCCCGUUCUUGUUAUCAGUCAGAGAAAACAAAUGCUAAAAUCCCAGCUCUUUUACCUGGUGAUCAUGAAAUAACCAUAAACCAUCUCUAUGAUUUUGGAAAUUCUAUAAGUAAAUUCACACUAAAUGAAAAAAAUGUUUCCUUAAUUCCAGAUACGCCAGAGAUCUUGAAUUUGUCUGCUGAUUUCUCAACUUCUACGUUAUACCUCAAGUGGAAUGACAGGGGUUCUGUUUUUCCCCGUCACUUAAAUGUCAUCUGGGAAAUUAAAAUUCUGCGUAAAGAAAAUAUGGAAAUCAUAAAAUUAGUGACCCACAACACAACUGUGAAUGGUAAAGAUACAGUUCAUCACUGGAGUUGGGCCUCAGACAUGCCCUUGGAGUGCACCACCCAUUCUGUGGGAAUUCGAUACUAUGUUGAGGAUCCUCAUUUCUCUGGUCGCAAAGAGUGGAGUGAUUGGAGCCCACUGAAGAACGUUUCUUGGUCUCCUGAUUCUCAGCCUAAGGUUUUUCCUCAGGACAAAGUGAUACUUGUAGGCUCAGAUAUAAUAUUUUGUUGUGUGACUCAAGAAAAAGUGUUAUCAGCACAGAUUGGACAAACAAAUUGCCCCCUUAUUCAUCUUGAUGGGGAAAAUGUUGCAAUCAAGAUCCACAAUAUUUCUGUUUCUGCGAACAGUGGGACGAAUGUGGUUUUCACGACAGAAGAUAACAUAUUUGGGACGGUCAUUUUCGCAGGAUAUCCACCUGAUAUUCCUCAAAACCUGAAUUGUGAGACAUAUGAUUUAAAAGAGAUUAUAUGUACGUGGAAUCCAGGAAGACCGACAGCAUUGGUGGGCCCACGCAAUACAAGUUACACUUUAUUUGAAAGCUUCUCAGGAAAAUAUGUUAAGUUUAAAAGAGUUGAAGCACCAACAAAUGAAAGCUAUCAGUUAUUCUUUCAAAUGCGUCCAAAUCAAGAAAUCUAUAAUUUUACUUUGAAUGCUCGCAAUCCUCUGGGUCGAUCAGAAUCAACUAUUUUAGUUAACAUAACUGAGAAAGUUUAUCCUCGUAUUCCUACUUCAAUCAAAGUGAAGGAUAUUAAUUCAACAGCUGUUACACUCUCCUGGCAUUUACCGGGCAACUUUGCAAAUAUUAAACUUUUAUGUCAAAUUGAAAUUAAUAAAACUAACUCAGUACAAGAAUUGCGGAAUGUCACGAUCAAAGGAGUAGAAAAUUCAAGUUAUCUUGUAGCUGUGGACAAGUUAAAUCCAUACACUAUAUAUACUUUCCGGAUUCGCUGUUCUACUGAAACUUUCUGGAAAUGGAGCAGAUGGAGCAAUGAAAAAAAAUACUUAACCACAGAAGCCAUUCCUUCAAAGGGACCAGAUACUUGGAGAGAAUGGAGUUCAGAUGGAAAAAAUUUAAUAAUCUAUUGGAAGCCUUUACCCAUUAACGAAGCUAAUGGGAAAAUCCUUUCCUAUAAUGUGUCAUGUUCGCUAGAUGAGGAAACACAGUCCCUUUCUGAGAUCCCUGAUCCUCAACACAAGGCAGAACUACAACUUGAUAAAAACGACUACAUCAUCAGUGUGGUGGCAAAAAAUUCUGUUGGUUCAUCACCACCUUCUAAAAUAGCUAGUAUGGAAAUUCCAAAUGAUGAUCUCAAAGUAGAGCAGGUGGUCGGAAUGGGAAGUGGAAUUCUCCUUACGUGGAAUUACGAUCCCAGUAUGACUUGUGACUAUGUUAUUAAGUGGUGUAACUCCUCUCGGUCCGAGCCCUGCCUUAUGGACUGGAAGAAAGUCCCUUCAAACAGCACUGAAGCUGUAAUAGAAUCUGAUCAGUUUCGACCAGGUGUACGAUACAAUUUUUUUCUGUAUGGGUGCAGAAAUCAAGGCUAUCAGUUACUACGUUCUGUAAUUGGAUACAUAGAAGAAUUGGCUCCAAUUGUUGCACCAAAUUUUACUGUUGAGGACACAUCGGCAGAUUCAAUAUUAGUAAGAUGGGAAGAUAUUCCUGUGGAAGAGCUCAGAGGCUUUUUAAGAGGAUAUUUAUUUUACUUUGAAAAAGGAGAGAGAGACACGUCUAAGAUAAGGGGUUUGGAAUCAGGUCGUUCGGACAUAAAGGUUAAGAAUAUUACCGACCUCUCCCAGAAGACGCUGAGAAUUGCUGAUCUUCAGGGUAAAACGAGUUACCAUCUGGUCCUGCGAGCCUAUACAGAUGGUGGGAUGGGCCCAGAGAAGAGCAUGUUCGUGGUGACAAAGGAAAAUUCUGUGGGAUUAAUUAUUGCCAUUCUCAUCCCAGUGGCAGUGGCUGUCAUUGUGGGAGUGGUGACGAGCAUUCUUUGCUAUCGGAAGCGAGAAUGGAUUAAAGAAACCUUCUACCCUGACAUUCCAAAUCCAGAAAAUUGUAAAGCUUUACAGUUUCAGAAGAGUGUCUGUGAGGGAAACAGCGCUCUCAAAACAUUGGAAAUGAAUCCUUGCACCCCAAAUAAUGUUGAGGUUCUGGAAACUCGAUCAGCAGUUCCUAAAAUAGAAGAUACAGAAAUGAUUUCCCCCACAGCUGAGCGCCCGGAAGAGAGCUCUGAUGCGGAACCCGAGAACCAUGUGGUCGUGGCCUAUUGUCCACCAGUCAUCGAGGAAGAGAUUCCAAACCCAGGAGUGGAUGAAGCCGGGGGCACCUCACAAGUCAUUUACAUCGAUGUCCAGUCUAUGUAUCAGCCUCAGGCAAAGACAGAGGAAGAACAAGAAAGCGACCCUGUAGGGGGGGCCGGCUAUAAGCCACAAAUGCACCUCCCCGUCACUUCUACUGUAGAAGACCUAGCUGCAGACGAUGACUUAGACAAAACUGCAGGUUACAGACCUCAGGCAAAUGUAAAUACUUGGACCUUAGUAUCUCCAGACUCUCCCAGAUCCACAGACAGCAACAGUGAAAUUGUCUCUUUUGGAAGUCCCUGCUCCAUUAACUCCCGACAGUUUUUGAUCCCUCCUAAAGAUGAAGACUCUCCGAAAUCGAAUGGAGGAGGGUGGUCCUUUACAAACUUCUUCCAGAACAAACCGAACGACUAACGGUGUCACUCUAUCACUUCAGUCUGCCAUCUCAGUACGCUCUCACUGCUGGCGUUGCCGUGCCAGCACUGGGCAUCUCGGAGGGAUCCUGUGAAGUAUUGCUAGCAAGGUGGACCUCACGGCACAAGUCACACUCAAAGUGUUAAUGUGCUUCUAACAUAAUCUCACAGCCCAAGUAGAGUAACUCAGAAAUUCAGACCAUGCAACUCAAGUUUUGGAGCUAUCUGUGAUUAGAGCCAAAUGAUUCUCCCGUGCCCCACCUUCGGGAAGCACUCCUCUGCCAAUCCUGUCUAGUCCCAUUCAUGCCAAACAGAUCCCACAACCACGUGUUCUGUUCUGUUCAUGGUUUUCUCACAUGGAUACUUUGUGGAAUUGCAAGCAGAUUUACAGGCACAGGAGAAAAAUGUCAAAGUAACAGACGAUGUUUAUUUGCCUGACACUUGCUCCAUUCUAGAUGAAAACCAAGCACAGAUUUUGAAACUUUUAACAUUAUUCUCCUCCAGCCACAGGAUUUACAAAAGAUUAAAAGAAGUUUUAAUGUAGCAGCAGCUACUUAGUGUUUUGUUUGAUAAAGUAUACUGAUUCCCAUGCCUACUGUAUAAUGGUUAUCAAACAGUUUUCUCAGGGGUACAAACGUUGAAAAUGAGCGUGACACUGACCAGCCCAAAUCAGAAUUGUGUUCUCUUGCUUUGGGAGGUUUUACAAACCUGUCCCUCACUUUGUAGCUUGCAUGCUAACUUCCCUUAUUGCAGUUGGUUGCCCUAAUAUUUAAAACUGAAAUCUAAGACUCUAGAUCUAAGUUUUUUAAAACAUGUGGGGUUUUUUUGUUUUUUUGUGUGUUUUUUGGCAUGUGACGCAGUGUCAGUUUUAUAAACGUGUGCAAAUUCAAUAUUAUUGAUAAACAUAGAAUUCCAGUGAGUUGCUAUUUGAGGUGAUGACUGAGCAGUCUCGCUGCAUUAGCUAUGUGUGCAGCCCUAAGUGGUUUCAGUGCCUCCUGAGAAGACCGUGCCAGGGAGCCCCCCCGCACCCAGGCAGUGAUGACCUUCGACACCUCGUAGCGAAUGUUCUUCCUGAUCAGGCAUUUUGGCAAGUUCUUCCUCUGAAAUGAUCAUGAGUUCAGACUUUAUAUAAAACUAAAAAGCUAAUGCUUCCUAUAGGAACAGUUACUCAAGGGCUGUUUUCUAUGAACUGUCACAAAGUCCGUUUGAGUCCGCAGACAUGCCUGUAUUAAGGGUACAGCAUUUUCUUUGUGAGCUGCCCGUGAUCGCGUGUCUUCACAGCAUCCUCUGCCCAUGUCUGGUCUUCAUAGGUGAGGUCUAGGAUGAAUGUGGUCACAAUGAAAAACUCAAAAGUGUAUUUUCUAUUUCCGCUACCCCCACGUUGUCUGUAUAUUUUGUCUUUUGAUAGUUAUGGCAAAGUACCUGAAAAAUGGAAAUAUCUGAAUACAUCAAAAUGUGCCUGUU